AUGCACGUCGACCUCCAGGUUGCAGCUUUCAGAUGGCUGCACGGUGGACGCUCUUCCGUGACGCAGCGAAUUCUUCUCGUCCACGUCAACGUGCUGCUCUCCCGCUGCUGCUCGCAUUGGACCCUGUUAGCCGAACCCGGACAGAGUUCGUACAACGCGCACGAGCCGAGCCAGUCCUCUCGUCACCGCUCUAUCUCGCCGUCCAACUUUUCGCACGUGUCGACCCGAUACCCGACACCAUUUCCUGUCCAGAGACUGUGCAGCUCGACCCAAGAUAUCGAAAACUUCCUCUUUACCGCUCCUCUUCGCGUCUCUGCCGACUCGUCUGGAGCGAUCACCCUGCCCGACUUUUCCACCAAGCCGCUCCCGCUCGCCAGCACCUUCUACUGGUUCUCCUCGGUCGAAGUAGGCGUAUGCUACAACCCUCAAGCGCGCAUCGGUAGCAUCGCCGGAGCGCUCCACUGCACGCACCAAGAGAAAUACGAUAUCGACAACAACACCUGGACGCUUCCGCAGACGUGUGUCGCUCUCAAACCGUUGGGUGGACCGCUUUCGAGCGCUGUACGCGAUUCGUGUAAGAAUGCAAAGGGAACGUUCAACGUGAUCAAGCCUGCUGCGGGGAACGGCGAUGGUGGUCAGGCGUACGAUGCUAUUCAGAAACAGGAUGGAGGAGGAGCAGGUGCGGGAUCGGGAGAUGGAGAUUCGGCGCCUGACUCCAACGAUCAACAGGACGGGGAUAAGGGGAAGGGGGGUGGCUUCUUGAGCGGCAUCGGCAGCAUGUUCGGCAUGUGA